UAUCCUAAACAUCGACAUCGUGUACGUGUGCAUUUGCAUUUCACAAUCCGGUCGUGAGUGAGCAAUGUUGUGGAGAUAUAUCUAGCGAUGUUCGUGUGAGUAGCCUUCGAGGGUUAGCGCAUCGCCAUCGUGAUGGGAAGUCCACUAGCGGCGACGAAGUCCUUGGUUGCUGAGCUCUCCAGUGAGGUGGAGCGAUUCCGUCAACAUUGUGCACGUAUCCUGCUGCAGGCUGGAGAUGUCGGAGCGACGAACAGCGAAACCCAGGAGCUGUGUAGAAGAUGUGUGCAAUUACAGCAGUCUGCUGAUGGUCUGCUAACACAAGUCGAGGGACUGACUGCAGAUGGAGAGCCGAAGAAGAUGGCGGAUUUUUCCCAGCGCAAGCGCCAGGAGCUGCGGAGAAUUCAGGGUCUUCAGGCACGUCUGUCGAAUCUAGCUUCCCAGUUGGAACCAUCCGAUGUGGACAACAUACUAGCUGGCAAUUUGACUGGUGACCUGAGUGAAGAGGACCUGCCACCAACACCACAAGUACCUUCAGCAGCUGAGCAAGAGGAUCCGACAGAGACGACGGAUGCAUCACUGGAUGAGGAUGCAGACGAUGCAGAUGACCAUAGUGGCAGUGAAUAUGAGUUGCCACAGGCCAUUGCCAUCUCAGCAUAUGAUGCCCAGCAGGAUGGUGAUUUGGCAGUACAGGAGGGAGAGGUGCUCUACAUCGUGGACUCAACAAGAGAAGAUGGCUGGUGGUUGGCGGAGAAUGCUUGCGGAGAGACCGGCUUAGUCCCUGGAAACCAUUUUGAGCUGAUUGAAUCCGACACGGCGUCGGAGAGUGCUACGCCAGUCCCCUUGGGUCAACCAGACAUGUAUAGCGAUGCCAGUCCUUCCUCUCAUCGUCAUGGUGAUACUAGUCAUAUUCCUCCUCAUCGUCAGGGUGAUUCUGCUCAUCCUCCUCGUCAUGGUGAUGUUGGUCCUGUGCCUACCGCUCCUCACAACGCCAUGGCUACGCGUGCGAGUCUUGCCAAUGAGGAACGGUCGUCAGCGGCAGACUCUACCAGCAUGACGAGAUUGGAGCAACACGCCGAACAGCAGGAAGAACAAGAAGAUAACGACGUGUCCGAUGAUGAUGAAACACCUGAACUACCCACAAAGCAAACAAGAUCUCCCAGUGAAAACCGUUGGAAGCUUCUUAGACAGGCAGUAACUCAGCCGUCUAUAGCUGACAUUCUGCGUUCAAUGGGGGCUAUUCCAUCUGGCUUCAGGCGCUCUAUGCUAGCGGAGUUGCAAGCGAAGGGUGAAUUCACGUAUCGUCACUUCUUGGAGCCCCGUGUCGACAACACCGGUCUGCUCUUGGAUGGACUGAACUGGGACAGUGCGGCUGGCAGUAUCAAGUCGUCGCCGGCAGGGGUUUGUCGCGGCGUAACCAUAGUCUCUUGUCGCAAGAUACCCCUGGUCACACGCACUGUAAGCGUGUUGCGAAGGCAAGUGAGGGUUGUACUGUUUGAUCGGCAAAAGGUGCUAAGCAAUAUCCAGUAUACGUCUGCUACCACUGCCGAGAGAGAUGACAAGUCAUGGAAGUUUGUCAAGACGCCAGGAAAAAGUUUGACUGAUGCCAGCUUUAUCAUUCGAGCUGCGAGCCUCUCACAUUCAUUAUGUAUACUAUUUGAGCUGUCAAUGACUUGUCAAAAUACAAAAAGCAAUGAAAUUACAGAUUUGUCCUGUGGUUGGGGAGCCCUUGACCUGACAAGUGCCACUGGUGCUCCUAUAGCAAACAAGAGCUAUGACAUUGUACUGAAUGGCGGGACACCGUAUGAAAGUGGAGUUGAGUUGGAAUCAACCGUGGGCGUGGACCGACGGCUUGGUUUGCGCAAAGCUUCCCUGCUGCAAGGCGCUGGUGGACCAUCUCUGACAGUCAAAGUCAAUGCGCUAAGUCUUGACGUCGUGGAGAUGACAAAUGAUCUACCAAAGAUGAUUGUAGUGCGACAAUGCUAUCUGCAGACACUAUCCUUGUACAGGCAAGCGCAGGCAUUGGACUUUGUUGCCAACCGGCCGUUUCAAGUCGCAGCACCAAUCUGUAGUGUCCUGCACACCACCUUCUCUCAGGUAGUGGACGACUACCAGCUGAUGGAUGUGUUACUGGCAAAACUUCCCGAGGCGCUGAAAGACUACAAGAGAGAUCACAAGCAGAGAGAGCUUGGCUACAAGCGCCUAGUCUUUCAAGAUGUUGUGAAGAAGUACCUGUACGUCUUGCUGUCCACUCCGGGACUGCCACCGCUAUUGCCUCAGAACCUACACAAGGAAAGAGCAAGGCAAGGGCUCAUAGACAGAUUCAUGGGGCAAAUAAAUCCCAUUGCCAGCCUUUUCACCUCAACCGUGCAUCAGAAGCCGUUCCACACGGAUGAGGUCGGCUACAACAUUGGAAAGAUUGCUACUUGCACGAGCUGAGGAUUGGAAUUUUUCAGUUCCCCCUUCAGUGGGGCCGGCAAGGGUGCAACAAGUCUAUAAUUUUAUUUUUACAAUUGACAGUAAUGGAGCUACGUAACAAGGCUCUGGGUCAGGUGAUGCAUAUGGAAUGUGAUGCUGGAUUCCGCAUUGUGGCUUGACUUACCCGUUGGCAUCGGCAUGUUCUAACACUGAUGUGUAAGGAUCACAUUUUGGAGUGAUUUUGAUGUCUCAAGCUGGAGUGUCAGCCCAGAUGUCAGGGACACUAAUGAUGGCACUAAUGGCUAUACUAAAAUUACUUGAAAUGAUUACAUGCUGGCGAUAGUACGCUAGUACUAUGCUGUGCCAUUUAGGUGCCAGGUAUGAAUGGAGACAGUGUCAGGGACCGGAGAGACCUCUGACUACUACUAGUGUUCCCAUCAGUCCUGGUGUUGUCCUGUUUGGCAUCUAGGGGUACUCCGCUGUAUAAUUAUAUAUAUCCUGGUGAGUAACUGACUUAUUUCCUGUGGCUUUCUCACACCACUGUGCCAUUCACAGCACACAGCACACAACAGCUGUGUCCAUUAGACUCAGAAUGCCAUUGAGAGGUGCUAUAUGCAUGAAUGAUGAGUGCUAAGUGGCCGGCCGCCAAGCCAUGCUAGCCACUACACUAUAUACGCAUCAGUAUCAUCCUCUACACUAUAACUAUAAGCACAUCAUCAAUAGUGAUAUUUUGAAGUGCGUUGAGCACGCUGGCUUCAGACGGGGAGUGAGAUCAUUGUGAUUGGUUUUGAAACAUCUAAAGAAGUCCUUGCACUCA